GUUGGAGGGCGUUAAUAACUGCACUUGGUCGCUGGACUGCAAUUGCGAGAAUAGCACUUUAGUUUGCAUUAAUAAAUAAAGGCAGCCGCGUGAUUGCCGCGCCAUUAUUGUGCAUUGUGCGUCAUUUUGGUGACGUUUGCAGUAAAAUGAAAAAUUUUCUACCCACAGUGGCUUUGGUAGCCGCCGUGGCUCUGGCGACUGUCGCCGCAGAUCCCCAUUUCCUAUCUGAUGAAUUUAUAGAGCUGGUGAACAGUAAGAGUACCACAUGGAAGGCUGACCGCCAAUUUGACUCAAGAUCGGAGGAGCACAUCCGUCGUUUAAUGGGUGUGCAUCCUGAUGCGCCGAAAUUUACGCUGCCCGACAAACGCGAGGUACUGGGCUUGGAUGACCUGGUUGGUGGCGAUGGACCCGAUCUGCCUGUCGAGUUCGAUUCGCGCAAAGCCUGGCCCAAUUGCCCCACCAUUGGAGAAAUUCGGGAUCAGGGAUCCUGCGGAUCCUGUUGGGCAUUCGGAGCUGUGGAAGCAAUGUCCGAUCGUGUGUGCAUACAUUCCAAUGGAAGCGUCAAUUUUCACUUCUCGGCCGAUGAUCUCGUCUCCUGUUGCCACACCUGCGGCUUUGGCUGCAAUGGUGGCUUCCCAGGUGCCGCUUGGAGGUACUGGACACAUAAGGGCAUCGUCAGUGGUGGCCCCUAUGGCACCAAUACGGGCUGUCGUCCUUACGAGAUCGAACCCUGUGAGCAUCAUGUGAAUGGCACUCGCCCACCAUGCUCCAAUGGCAAGACACCACGCUGCCAGCACAAGUGCGAGACGGGCUAUAACGUGGACUAUAACGCUGAUAAACAUUAUGGGUCGAAGGCCUACUCUGUCAGUCGCAACGUACGCGAUAUUCAGCGCGAGAUCAUGACCAAUGGACCCGUCGAGGGCGCGUUCACCGUCUACGAGGACUUGAUACAGUACAAGACCGGCGUCUAUCAGCAUGUGACCGGCAAAGAGUUGGGCGGCCACGCCAUUCGCAUCCUAGGCUGGGGCGUCUGGGAGCAGGGGAACGAGAAAGUCCCCUACUGGCUAAUUGCUAAUUCCUGGAACACCGACUGGGGUGAGAAUGGCUACUUCCGCAUUCUUCGCGGUGAGGAUCAUUGCGGUAUUGAAAGCGCUAUAUCGGCGGGUCUGCCGAAAUUGUAAAAAGAUGUAAAAGGAGAAGCCGUUAAAUGUAAACAAAAGCUUUCCGUGGCAAACUGAUGUCCACACAAUUCCACGUUUGUGACAAACAAACAACAACCGCAUACAAAAUGUAUGAAAACACUUCUAAACAUUUAGCAAAUAAACGUGAAUAUACUUACCAUACCA